GGUCAUACACCCGCACCUUGGAUGUUGACCAGGUAAGUAAGCACGGACCUUUUCGACAGCGAUGGUUCAACCAAUCGAGCCAGUGUCGAUGGAUGGGUUUUCGUAUUGCGGGAGGGACGCGAUGUACGUUGAACUGCCCGGCGGACACAAACAUUGCCGCGCUUCGCCUGGGGAUAUACGACUUGUCCUGGACCGGAACAGCACUCCCGCUCAGAGCUUGCCUGGUCACUGGUAUACUGCUCAACUACUACAUUAUGGGUUCAAGCCUGUGUCGACUACCACGAAGCCGAUCAUGAGAAAGCUGUUAUCAGACGCUUUCGAUACCGGAAAACUAGUUGUGCCGAAGAGGAUUGCUGAAGUCGAGGUAGAGCUGAAGAGGCUGUGGAAGGAUGUAUUACGAAGAAGAGGAGAAGAUGCGGAAGCGGCUAAAGAACGCGCCCGAUUGCUGGAAGCAGUCACGCAAGGACUGAUCACCAAGCCCGGACCGAAACCAGGUGGACCAAAGCCUUACAGCUACAAGUCGACGAAUCCUAUAGCCGGUAAUGUUCCAGGUCACCUUCUUCUAAAUGGCUCCACCAAGCCAUACACACCGCGGGGCCCCCCUUCACCUGAAUCAACACGCUCUCCCGCCCCAAUGCUGAUCCCACCAACCUCCGGAGUCACUCCUCUCGCAUCCGACACGUAUGCAGAAAUUUCAACCUCCCCCUCCUCCUCCUACCAAAAACGCCGCCGAGAAUCAAACCUCUCAACAUCCUCCUACGAAUCCGCAAGAAUCGAAGUACGGCGUCGCGCCGAAAAAGCCUGCGAACACUGUAUCGAAGUCAAGCGAAAAUGUAUCUUCACAGCACCCACUGGCCCAUGCGUACGUUGUGAACAUGUCGGGGUGACGUGUAUCCUCCGUCCAAAUCCCGAAAGUCCACCCCUCGCCAUGCGGCCUUCCCUCCGUGUGCGCCGAAGUCGAGGAGCGUGCACACAAUGCUCAAAAGGGAAACGGCGCUGCGAACUCCUGGGUGGUAUAGGCCCUUGCCUCCGCUGUAGAGAGAUGGAUUGGGCGUGCGAACUACCACACCGAGCAACGAUGGACGGGCAUGGCCAACCACACCUCCCGCAGGAAAGCUCGGAAGAACCGAUGGAGAGCGUGAACGGGAAUGGAGAUCAGGAUGGGGAUGAGUAUGGAAACGCCCCGGGUCCGUUUCAGGCUGUGUGGAGUCCGGAGUUAAGACCGCAGCUGGAGAGGGAGAGAGUUACGCUGCCGAGUUUGGCGAGUUUGGAUAUACUUGAUAGGAGAGUGGAGAGGAGUGGCGAUGGACACGCCAAGAAAAUGGAGUUGGCGUCGCUGAGUGAGGCUGGGGGUGGAGCAGUGUUGUGGUCCAAUGCAACGACUCCAAUGGCACAUGUACAGACGGAGAGUGCGGUUCAGUCUGCGAAAGGUAAUCUGGAAACGCAGAAUAGUACCGGUAUGUCAUAUGGACCGGGAUAUCACCGGUCAUUAUGAUGCAGGCUAUGGCUACCAGACCAUCCUCUUCCACAGCCGAGGAGGAUUUUGAAAGCACUGUACGAUUAGAGCUGGAAUGGGUGCAUUGCGUUUAUGGUUUUCUUCUAUCAGUUGAUAUCACGGGAUUGUUGUUUUCUCAGUCAACAGCAUUGGCUGCAACGUCUUGCAGGGCGUGCGUGGUCGCGCGUCGGAGGCCUUCCCAAAUUUCUGCCCCGCAAACAGACAUCCUUCGAAGACCCGAACAUCCUUCCUCGGCCAGUCCAGCACCAUGGCCGACCAAACAGCUCAAUCAAUUCCCGAUGAGCUGGACAUUUUCCCAC